AUCCUCAACAAGUGGGUAGAGGAGGGGGGUAUUAUAGUAAUUUCGGUUUCAGGUCUGCAAGCUGGGCCGACAGAAAAAAAUUCGGGCCACGGGAAUUUGAAGAGAAAUAUUGGACCGGCCCGAUACAAUCGAUUUCCCUGCACAUCACUCAUUCCGUGGGGUUCGUUGACUCAAUCGAUCCCAUCGAUCGGCGAUGGAAAAUUCCGACGUGUUCAGCUCGUCCACUGCACCGCUGACGUGGCACGACUUCCUCGAGCGCAUGCGCCAUCCCUCCGCCGCCGAAUUCGUCAAAGGCAUCAAAAGUUUUAUAGUGUCGUUUUUGAACAACGCGCCGGAUGCAGAAAGGGACAGUGCUGCGGUACAAGAAUUUCUCGGCAAUAUGGAAACAGCAUUCAGGGCUCAUUCCCUUUGGGCUGGAUCUUCAGAGGAGGAGUUGGAGAGCGCAGGCGAAGGAUUGGAAAAAUAUGUCAUGACAAAGUUGUUCACACGUGUGUUUACUUCAAUUCCAGAAGAUGUCAAAGCUGAUGAGCAGCUUCAUGAGAAGAUGUCUUUAAUUCAACAAUUUAUUCGGCCAGAGAAUUUGGAUAUCAAGCCGACAUAUCAAAAUGAAACUUCUUGGCUGCUUGCUCAGAAAGAGCUCCAAAAGAUUAACAUGUACAAAGCACCAAGAGACAAACUUCUCUGCAUUCUCAAUUGCUGCAAAGUUAUCAAUAACCUAUUGCUCAAUGCCUCACUUGCGUCUAAUGAAGAUCAUCCUGGAGCCGAUGAAUUCCUCCCGGUUCUCAUUUAUGUUACCAUAAAGGCAAACCCGCCUCAACUGCAUUCCAACUUAUCAUACAUACAAAGGUUUAGACGCCAAACUCGCUUGGUUUCAGAAUCAGCUUACUACUUCACAAACAUGCUCUCUGUAGAGUCUUUUAUCGCUAACAUUGACGCUAAAGCCCUUUCGAUGGAAGAAACCGAGUUCAAAAACAACAUGGAGUCGGCUCACCAACUUCUAUCUGGCCUCUCCGAGACUUCAGACACACACAAUCAAGCAGAUCAAAACAUCGAACAUGCUCCUAGGAAAGAACCCACGCCCCCCAAACCAGCUUCAACUUCUACGAGGCAUCAGCACUUAUCAACACAGGUUUCUGUCGAAUCAUCUAAAACCAUACCAAAAGAUGACGAACAGUAUCAGGAAAAUAACUCGUCACUGAACAAAAUUCCGUCAAUUUCAGACCUGGAAAACAAAGGGGCUACCAUGCUGUUGAAGGAAGACGAGGUGAGCAAAUUAGUCUUUCGGGAUUUCCCGUUUUUGUACUCUCAAUCUGGCGAUCUUACGGUUGGAGACGUAGAAGAUCUGCUCAAUAAUUAUAAGCAGCUAGUCUUCAAAUAUGUCUGCCUUGCAAAGGGAUUAGGUGUCGCAAUUCCAUCACCUUCGUUAUCCAAUUCCGAUGUCGAAAAUUUAGAGCAGCCUGAAAUUGCAAAGGAAUCGGACAAUAUAAAAGAAGCUCAUGUAAAUGAGAAUAUGCAAAACGAACUUCCGACAGCAACGAAUGAUUCAGGCGAAGAAUCGGUUAUUCCUAUUGAAAAUAACGAGUCGAAGAUAUCGGUAGAAGCAGCUCUUCCAUCUCAAGGUGAGGAAGGUAAUGAAAAUCCUCAACGAUAACCAUCGUCACUUUAUUAAAAUUAUGCAGUUUAAUUAUGUACGGUCGGUUCCUUUUUUUGUGUGUGUUGUUGUAAAGAAGAGCUAUUAUUCAAGCGAAAUUUAUGUUUUUUUUCAAAAUUUGAUUCUUCUGCAUAAAGUAAGAUAUAUAAACCUUAAUUAGUACUAAUGUCCUUACACUUGGUAAAACAGAAGGCUAAUAUUCGUUCGCAUCGA